CCCGUAAAAUUCAAUUUGGGAACCGAAGAGAAUAUCCGCCGAUACGGACAGUCAGUUCCCCCGGAAUACGACUUAUCGGUCAUAAACUCGACAAACAUUGCACUCAUAUAUGCGGCCAACGAUUGGCUGAACGAUAUUCGAGACAUUAAUUUGCUUAAGAAAACACUCAAAGUGAAACUAUUGGACGACUAUUUAGUACCGGACACCACGUGGAACCACAUGGAGCUGAUGUGGGCCCGGGAUGUCGGCAAAUACGUCAACACAAAAAUACUGGAAAUUUUGCACAAAUGUGAUUAAAUAUUUAAAAUUCUGAAUGUACAAUAUAUUUUAUUAGAAAAAUUAUAAAUGCAAUUUAAUGCUA